AUGGGCGAGCAGCGGCCCUUGGGCCGAGCCCUGGCCGUGGCCGCGCUGUCCCGGCUGCUGCGGGGCCAGGCCUGCACCGCCCCGUUCCUGCCGCUUCUGCGGCUGCUGGGGCUGCCGGCCCCGGAGCGGCGGCUGCUGCUGGUGGGCUCGCUGGUGGGCUCGGCGGGGGCCAGCCUGGGGCUCACCCUCAUCCCGCCCGCCGCCCGGCCCGCUGCCCUCCACGGUGCCCAUCGUGGUGCCAACCGCGGCGCCCAGCCCCGGGACAAGCACCUACGGAGCGCUGAGCACCAGCGCCGUGGCAAAUGCGAGAGCUGUGUCAAAGGAAACGGUGAGAACAACUGCUGGUGGUGUGUUGGCAGCGAGCAGGAUGCCAGCACCGAGGGGUUAUUUGGCACGAGGGAUGCGCUUGAGGAAGACAGCAGAGGGGUUGGUGAAGGUGGUACAAAGGCAAGUGGCUACUUGGAUGGACCAUCUGGCUGGAGAACUGCUGUGGAAGACAUUCAUCGGGAGACACAAGAAGCAGAAAAGCUGGCUUCCUACAGACCUCCCUUCCCUGGACUCAAAGAGGAAACGAACAGUGUGGGUUCUGCUGCAGCUGAUCUUGCUGAGGAAAGCCUUUCUGCUGCUGCAAGUAAUGAGCCUUCUUUGAUUAAAACAACUCUUCCCACUGUUGCAGUUAAGUACAUGUCUGAAAACCUCUCAGACACUCAAGAUGUCAACUUUGAGGCAGCCGAAAACAUCUUGCAGGACAGAGAGCAUCAGAUUUUUCUCAUGAUCCUGGGUGCUGUUGUGCUUUGGGAGCUGUUGGGCACUUCUCUGGAAAGGACAGUGGAUGAAGGUGUCUAUGAAUACCUGGACUUUGUGGAUGCCACUGACAGGUCCGGCAGGCUGUGGAUGUGGAGUUCCCUGGGCGUGGCUGCCGGUGCCUGUGGCAUUGCUGUCCUGGUGGAUCAGCUGAAUUGCUUCCUCAGCGGUUCCAUCUCCUGCCUUGCCAUCCACUUCUACGGCUACGCCGUCCUGGUGACGCUCUCACUGCUCGUCAGCGCCUUUUUUCCCGUCCACCUUCCCAGGAAAACCAACUGUGGUUUUCCCAAAGCCCUGGCGCUGCUGUGCACUGGCACCGUGUUCCUCGCCGGCGCCGCCAGCUCUACCGGCCACAACUUCCUCUUCUGGCAGAUGCAGGACCGAGGCAGCAGCAAGCUCCUCGUGGGGCUCUCCGUGUCCGUCGGGCUGCUGGCUGAGCUGCUGCUCUGGCCCUUCAAGGGGAGGCUGCUGAGGGCUCUGUGGAGCGGCGGCGUGGCCGUGGUCGGUGUGGGCCUGCUGGCGGCACAGCUGCUGUGCCACUCCCUGCUCCGCGCUCCCUGGGCUGUGCUCCCCGUCUGCUGCUGGGCCCUGGAGGGGACAGUGGGUGACAUUGCCACGCCAGGCACCGAGAGGUCCCUGCAGGCCGUGCUGCGGGGUCUGUGCUGCGGGGCAGGAGCGAGCGUGGGCAGCCUGGCAGGGGGGUUUGUGGUGGAGCACCUCGGCCUGGCAGUGCUGUUCAGGGUCUGCUGCGCGGGCCUGGCGCUGUGGAUCUUCGUGUUCUUCAUUGUCCCGUCUGAGCUGCCAUGGCAGAAAAAAAUUAACUAUUCUCAUCUCCUGGCUGCUGAUACGAGUGACUCUGAUGAGGAGAGCGAGAAGGACUGGCUGGUAAAAGCUAUGAAGGAUGAAAGUUUUAACAGGAAUUGGAUACAGCAGCAUGGGUUCAACUAAGUUGUACUUAAAUCUGUGGGGUGGUAACAUGGUAUGAUGGUGAUGCCCAGAAAUUACUGAUAAUUCUAAAGUGCUGAAUAUAUACAGUCUAUAUCUGACAGGAGAGAUUUUUAUUUUGAAAAAAAUUAUAAACCUUAUUUUCUUAAUAUAUAGUGUUUUGUAGUAAUUUUUCCUUUUUAACAUAGUGAUUUUGCUUCCAAAUCCCUAAUAAAGUAUUUCAUGUAUACAUUUGCUGGAAUGAAUGUAGCUAAGUUGCUAGUCCAAAAGCAAACCUAAAUUGAAUUGUUGCUCCCAGAGCUGUCAGUGAAAGCUGUGACCUGUUCUGUGACACAGUCAAAUGGAAAAUAUUGUCAUGCUGCCAGUACAUGAAACUCUCUCAAGGUGCUCUGUCUGUGAACUCUUUGUACUUUAUAAGG